UCUUCAUUAAAUAUAAGGGGUCUUUUAUAAAGACAAUACCUGUUUUCAUUGUAGAUUUCGGAGUCAGAAUGGAAGCACAGCAAAACUGGCAGUAAUACACAGUGCCCAGGCAUUGAGGCAAUAACUCUCUUUUGAUUCUGCAGUCGUCGAACACAAUUUGUUUUACAUCUGCAUUGUUUUUUGGUUUGUUUUCUUCUUAUUAUUUUACAGGCUUAGCUGCAAAUAUAACAUUAGAUGCAGUAAGAACACAGUAUUAAUCUCAUGUUGUUAUAGCCUAAUUGUGUAUAGCUGCUAACAGAGAAAAGCGUAGCUUUAUACACUGAAUCCUUUCAUCUGCGUGUAACUUUGGCCAUGUCUCCAUCGAGCAUGCAGACUGCGACUUUAAAAACCAUGCUGUUGCACAGCUUAAGACGUGUGUUUAUGUGCCUUGCGCGCGGUCAUUAGAAUUUAUAAAUUUACAAUUUCCAAAUCAUAUUUGUGAUUUACUAUUCUCAGUCGCAGUUUUGAAUAUGAACAAGCGUUCCUAUUGUUACACUUUCACAGUAUACAGCAAUGAAAAUAAAACAGAAUGUGCUUUUCUUAAUUAGAUAUUUACAUGUUAAUAAAUUUAGCUUUGUAAAAGCAAAACGUUAAACUAAUUGAUUUAUGUUCGCUAUUUUGCUGCAGCCCGGUUGUGCGCCAAGAUGUUUAAUAUAAUGUUGCACUGUGGGAAAUGUAGGCUUUCGUUGGCAAUACGUAUGGUAUAAUUUUGUAUUAUUUCUUGAGCAUUGAUAGAUAACUUUUAACUAUAUAUAAAUAUAAUACGUAAUACACCUUGUUCGCAAUUCUGAUUUGAAAUAACAAAACUGUAUGUAGAAUUGUGUAACUGUGAGCAGUUAAUUCCGGACUACGACUCCCAGGUGACAGUGCGUUUCCUUUUAGAAAGUUAGGAAGGAAGGUUUUGUACCGUGUUUGAAAAGUGACCCAAGUGUUUGCUGUGAUCUGUUUUAUUUGUUAGCAAACUGAUAAUAUACUGUGCUGUGAUGUAUUUGUUUUAACACGUAACGGUACAUUGUUACGAAACCUAAGUGAGCAAAGCUAUGUCCAACUUGAUGUGCCCUGCAAGUUAAAAAGGUGUGUCAUCGAUUCUGCGCAGAAUGACGAAAGUCUGCGUGUCGUGAACGCACCCAUGGAGACAGGGCAGACCUGGCUGGAAGGCUCUCUGGGACGUUCUGCUAAACUUGGUCUUGAAGUAUUGGAGCGUGCACGGAGACGAAGCAUGGUGGGGUGGCCUUCAGUCUGUCCUGUAGCCCAGCUCACAGUAGAAGAGACUUUGAGAAGCAGUUCGGGGAAGGACCGAGUAGGAAAAAGUGAUAAUCAGGAGGCAACUAGGCAGACCAGCAUUGAUGAUGCUUUCGAUACAGUGCUGGAGUUUAUGGCUCACACUACCAAACAAUGCAAGAACCUCUACAGAUCAGUGCCUGCAUGGGAGUGUAACCAGACUGAAAUGAACCAUGUAUGUAGAUACCACCCUCCUCAUGUCUCCUCUCAUGGUGCAGCCAAACCAAGGGUUUGCAGAAAGCCAGUACAAAGGACUUCAGAAGACUUUUAUAUAGAACUGGCUCCCGGCACCUACGCCAUCACUGCAGGAGCAUGUGACUCCAAGAGACAGACCCGGGUAGUGAAAGUCAAUGCAGGGGAGAGCGUGGAUCUUUCUUUUACUGUGUGACCUGUUUACUCAGGCUUAAAAAGGGCUUGUGGCAAAAACCAACAUUCCUGUCUCUUACCAAAGUAUUUUAUUCUUAUGUACUUCUUAUUAAUGUAUGGGCGCUCUUUGUCAUAUUCUAUGUAGUCUGUAGAGCAUGGACUUGACCUGCACAAAAAGUGCACUUUUUCUUAUAAAUGACUAAAAUUAUGUAUUUUUUUAAAUCAGAUAUGCUAAAUAUUAGUUGGCUCUAUUGUAAAUGUUUGCACCAGUUUAAAACUAAUUAUAAAUGUUAUAUAUUUUUCUGUAUACCAGUGUACUGUAUUGAAGUUAUCACAUGCAAUAAAUGUGGACUAUUUUAAAUCUUAUAA